UGCCUGGUGGUACAGCCCAACAUGGCGGCUUGCGGUCGGACCUGUCCUGUUUUCGUGCUGAUUUUGACCGUUUUCUGCGUUUUCCUAGGAGUUCAGGGCGAGAGAAGUCUGCAGUUCGUCAGCCUGGUGUAUCGCCAUGGAGACCGGUCGCCAGUUUUAGCCUUUCCCAACGACAAAAACACGGAGGACACCUGGCCACAGGGCUUCGGACAACUCUCACAGGAGGGGAUGCGUCAGCACCAUAAUUUGGGGACGUUCCUGAGAAACAGAUACGUCACACCAGGUUUCCUCAACGCCUCCUACAGCCGAUAUCAGAUCCAGGUGUGGAGUCAGUGUUCUCCCCCCCCACAGAUCCAGGUUUGGAGCACAGACGUAGACCGGACUCUGAUGAGUGCCCAGGCUGAUCUGUCUGGUUUGUACCCUCCCUCUGGAGACCAGGUCUGGAACCCCGACAUCGCCUGGCAACCGAUCCCUGUACACACCAGGCCUGUAGGGGAGGAUGUGGUGAGGCACUUUUUGUUGCGCCCAAUGGACGUCCCGUGUCCAAAGUACUCCAAACUCACAGAGGAGUUCAAACUGACGGAUCCGGAGCUGAAGAAACUGGAGGAAGACAACAAGGAGUUUCUGGAGAAGCUGUUUGAGCAGGCUGGCUGGCAGCAGGCAGAGCUGGAGAAGGUGGGCCGGCUCAGGACGGCUGACGUCACGCUCGACGCUUUACUUGCCGAGAUGCUGCUUGAGAACCUGACACGCUGGGCAGGUUGGGACACGCCGCAGCACGUCAUGGAUGUCUGGCAAACUGCUGACCCCCUGCACUGUGAGUCAGAGAUGUUCAGGGCAGCCAGCCUGGCCAAUCAGAGAUGUUCAGGGCAGCCAGCCUGGCCAAUCAGAGAUGUUCAGGGCAGCCAGCCUGGCCAAUCAGAGAUGUUCAGGGCAGCCAGCCUGGCCAAUCAGAGAUGUUCAGGGCAGCCAGCCUGGCCAAUCAGAGAUGUUCAGGGCAGCCAGCCUGGCCAAUCAGAGAUGUUCAGGGCAGCCAGCCUGGCCAAUCAGAGAUGUUCAGGGCAGCCAGCCUGGCCAAUCAGAGAUGUUCAGGGCAGCCAGCCUGGCCAAUCAGAGAUGUUCAGGGCAGCCAGCCUGGCCAAUCAGAGAUCUGAGUUGUUUAUUUGUUUGUUUGUUUACCAGAAAGCCCACAACAGGACACUGCCCGCCUGGGGGACCCCCGAGGUGUACGCGAGGUUACAGAAGCUCUCGACCUUCGGGAUGUUCGCUCUGUUCAGCGGGAAGGAGCGCAGCCGACUGACCGGAGGAACCCUAUUGGGAGCGAUGGUUCACAACAUGACUCAGGCGAAGGACGGGACGCUGCCGGACAGCAGACUACGGCUCAUCAUGUACUCUGCUCACGACACCACGCUGGCCGGUCUGCACUCCGCCAUGGGGACCGUUAACGACCUUCAGCCGCCCUACGCCUCCUGCAUCAUGGUGGAGCUGUACAGGGAGGAUUCUGGAGAUCACACAGUGGAGGUGUGGUACAGAAACGACAGCUCGGUCCCCCCGUACCAGCUGACCGUGCCCGGUUGCCCUGACCCCUGCACGUACCAGCAGUUCCUGAACGCCACGAAAGACGCCAUUCCCGCCGACCGGCCGAAGGAGUGUCAGCUAGGCAUCACCGACAUCUGGACCAUACAGGUGAUAGCAGGGGUUGCAGCCGGAGCAUUCAUCGUCCUGUUGAUCGGAAUCGUGGUGCUGGUUGGCUGUGUGCGCCGGUACAGGCGGCGCGACCAGUACCUACGAGACUGGGGCUCCAGCGAAACCAUCUGACUCAUGGACAUUGACAGGGAAGACCUUGAGGACGUCUUGUUUGAGGCUAGACCUGCCGAAACAGAAACAGACGGGACCGAGGAUGUCAGGGUUUGAUGCUAACAU